ACCACACUCACUCUACUUGUGAGGCCGUGUGUAUGUAAGGACUGUACAAACGGAAACGAACAAAUGUCAGUGUUUUCAAUUAUGGACACUUCACGCUCCAUUUAUCUACAUACUUUCCCUUUGAGAUUAAAGAGGUAACUGGUUAUCCAUCCGCCUAAAUGCUGAAAAGCAGGCCGAACCGCUGAAUUUUACUUAAUGUGGGCUGGGGAGUAGUGCGGUGAGUUCUAAAGUAUUUAACAUCAGAACUGGACUUUCAGGUAACUACUAUUCCUUUCACAGAGUAUUGAGGUAAGAAAGCAUUGAAGGAAAUUUUAAUUAACCGACCGUUAGCACUUCCGCUGCCAAGUUGAGCGACCUUUUUUAUUUCCCCUCCUCAAUUCCUGGGUUUAUUUGUAUUUCACCCUCCCACUCGUCUACCAUGAGCGCUAUAAAAACACGUUUGGCGAACUGUUUAACACUUCCUUUGCAGCCAACCAUAAGGAUAACUUCAGAUCGAAAUCAUUCCAAAUCUAAUUUCAAGGACUCAACGCACAAGUCUAUUUGCUUUUCUCCAAAUGAGUGGCUGCGAGAUCGACGCUUUCCUUGAGGAAAGACUCAACGAUAUUGACGAGCUUAUUCAGUCUGAGCUCGGCUUUGCACCUUUAAAUAUCACAGUACCACUUACUGCCCCAGAAAUCCACAACUUAAGCUUCCUGCUGGAAACAGAAGGAACGUCGAUUGGAUUACUGACGGACAAUAUUCUGGGGAACGACGCAGCCAGCUCCAUCUCCGGUCAAGAGUCGUCAAACAAGGUUUCAGAUGUUGAAGUAGAAAUCCAAUUAAUUGACCUCAAAGAUGUUUACAAUAAAAAGACGAAGAAAACUGAUAAAGGAUUAAAGUAUUGUUUAGAAGACUCGGAAGUAACUCUUGUGGCUCAAGCAUCUGAUGAAAUCACCAGUAUUCGUGCUUAUACUCAAAGAUGUAUCGAGGCUGCUAUUAGGACACACGAUACUGUUGGCCCAGUUGAACUAGAUAUAAAUGUUCUUCAAAGUGACUCAAGAUGUCGCCGAGUUGUCGCCGUAGAUCUUGGGUCGGUGUACAAGACACGAGAGGGUGAUGCAGUCUACAGGCUGGAAAAGGCUGAUGUCAUGGAAAGGAACAAAUGGGAAAUGUUAAUUGCUAUGGAAUUCAGUUCAGGCUUGAAAGGCACUGUUAAGACGGGAGCAUUUAGAGUAACGACCAAAGCAAAGUACAAGAUGAAACGAAACGUCGAAGAUUCGUCUAGUAAUUUUACGACACAGCGGCUAUUCGGCAAGUUCACGUGGUCUGACAAUAAAAACAACGUGACUGACCUUUCGGGAGGGAAUAACUUUCUUCCAAAGCGAGGAAUUAAUCAAGGUUUGUUGCCAAAAUUCCCGAAUUAUGAAACUUGUGCUUUGAAUCGCGAAUUAAUGGCAUUUAACUUAAUGGAGGAGGAUCAUCCUGAAGCACGAUGCCAGUUUGCUGACGAUUCUAGGACUGACUUUAAGUCUAGAUCAGGCUCUUCGGCUGACGAGAAGAUCUCGUUGCAACACCACACAGUUUUAGAUAGACACAUGGUCACAACGUAUUACCGUCACAACCCAAAGAUUCGCUAUGUUAUAGAGCAGUCUGACCUCCCUGGUAUGUUGAAGCUGGUUGGAAAACGCUCUUUGCAGGUCAGCGCGGGUCACAAGACAGAUUGUCGCAAGAGCACUAAGCAAGUUUUCUGGUGGGCCUGUGGGCGUUGUUUCUUCGAACGUCAGAAGAAAUCGAGUAUAAAAGCUCACAUCAUUCAAAGGGUUUGUCAAAGGCCGAUAAAAGUUAAAGCGCCAAGGAGAAAAUCAACAAGUUUGAGUCAGAGCGAGUUGGAGGAAGACACGUUCGAAGGAUAUUCGUUGACGGACUCUCUUUUUGCCUAAGGUUAUUGCUUAUCGGCCGGUAAAAUGUGUGCAAUUAAUAUAUACUUUCCUGGUGUAGACUAGUUACAUAGCAGCAUGUGUUUUUUUGUUGUUGUAAAUAUGAAAAUAAGUUAAGCAUACAUGUCUUUAUGCACUGGUGUUCUAAAAAUUUAUAGUAUUUGUGGUUAGCUUUGAUUUGUAAUUUAUGACGCAUUGAAGAACAUCUCUACAAGCUGCACACAUGAAGCUGUCUAGUAGAUAGUAGGUGGUCCACAAGAUAAUAAUUGUGGAAGUAUAUAUGCAUUUUACUGCAAACGACUUUGGACUUUUUAAAAAAAAAUGCAGUCACAGAAUGUAAAUAGUGGGUAAAGGACUGUAAAGCCGAUUCUAAGUCACCCAGCCCGGUUCCUGUGGGUUCCCAGUGUAUCAUGGUUUCAAUUCAUUCUCCAUUUCUUGGAGUGUAACUAAACUUACUCAUUUGAGUCGAAAAACAAAAUAAUGCUUUUGAAAAUAUAUGGUUAACAUCUUGAAUUUUGCAUACAGAAAUGUGUAAUACUAUUGCUACAGUAACCCUAAGUAGAUGAGUACAAUUUAUUCACCAAUGCUUGGGAAAUUGUUUAUGUAGCAACGUCUCCUAAAGAGUGGUAAUGCUGUUCCAUCAAACGAUAAGAGCUGGAAACCUCUGGCUACGAUUACCAGCCAUCUGCUGAACAAUGUUCCUUAAUUUAAAUAGUGAAGCAAAAUACUGACAGUAGGAUGGUUCAGUUUAAAUCAUUUAGGGCGCUCAAGGAGUAUCGAAAAGCAACAGUAACUGAGUAAAGUUCACUUUGGAACCAGAGCUGUGAGGCUUAAAACUGAAUACAGUUGAACUUCUCCACAGCGGCCACCGUAACUUAGGGAUGAGAACAGCGGUGGCCAGUUUUCGAUCAAUGUUAUGCUUAAAUGCUUGUAUAAAAUGUGGUAUGUGCUUAUGGUUUCAAAAUACACUAUAGAAACCCUUCUAAUGAGGACUGGGACGUUUUACUCAGUUAAGCAUAGUCACCAUUGGAAACCAAGAAUCUAUUGUAGAGAAACGUUUGUUAAUCCUUUGAAAAAUCUCAAGACAAUGAUUUAUUAUGAAUCCUUUCGUUUCCUUCACCUCAUACCAUUCUUUACUUUUAUCUUUCCUUUGUUCAUGGCGAUGAGAAGCCAUGAAUGGGUAACCCUGCGAUGGACUAGCAUCACAUCCAGGGGGGAAUAGAAAUACUCCUAGUCGCUUCAUGCUACUG